AUGUCGAUUAAGCGCUUUAAUGCCGACGUAAGAGCGGCUGUGGUGAAGGUCAAGGAGACAAAGAGCUUCGACGUUACCUCCGUUAGUAGAGGAGAUUCUGAUGGAGAGUUCACUGCCACCUUUGAACAUCCUGCUCUUGCUUCGCCACUGGACAUCCGUUUCCUUGCCCAAGAUACCUCGGAAUACCCAGAUGGAAAUCAUUUCCUCAUAUUUACGGAUAGUGAAGAUGUCCCGUCACAUAUCGCCAAAGCCCUACAGGAGCUUGGAUCGUUCUCGUUUGGACAGACCGUCCUGGAGAUGAUUAUGACUGCAACAAAGCAUCUGACUCGAACGUUGGCGUCCAGCUCAGACGAACCCGACAUCGAUGGCGACAAUGAUGUUGAAAUGACUGACGCAGAAGACGACGACAUGUACGAUGAUGACUUCGAUGACGAGGACGGAUUUGACUAUGACCAGCAUUUCGGUCUGUCAUCCGCUCGUCUUGAAGCCUCCGUCCCGGUCUCUGCUGCUCAAAAGCUUGGCCUGGCUAUGAGCCAACGAGUGAAGCGAGAUCUUCGCAAGGUUCGUGAAGCUGGCUUCAAGAUCGGAAUCCUGUGUGGCCUUGAACCUGAUUCCCGGUCAAGCAUCAUAUCCAUGUCAAUCCGCGCCAGCAAGCUGCUUCUUUCUGAAGAAGCUCUGCAAGCUUGGGAUCUCGACAAUGCUGACUAUGUCAUUCUACUCAUGAGAAUCGACGGAAUAUAUCCCAUGUUCGACAGUGUGAUUCAGAGACCGGCAUCGAGCUUCAAUGUGGAGUUUCGCUUUGGAAAGUCGAUUAAGUACAAGCCAUCACUCCACCAGGCCCUCGCAGCAUUUGCAACAUCCAAGCGAGUCUUCGACAUCCCAGUCUCGCGGAAUGUUAGCGAUAAGAGCGACAGUCAAGAAAAGUUUAAGAAACUUUUCAUUUCCAGCUCGCUCGAGCAAUACAUGAAUGAAGCAUUCCUUUCUUUGGCCAAGCUUCGUAACAAUAAUCAAGGAAUGUCGUGGGACCGCGCAAAUUCGAUGUUUCGGUUUAUGAAUGGAGGGUUUGACGCCAAAGAGGAGAUGGAUUCAGUUGAAGUAGACACGAGCCCUAGCGAGACAUCCAAGGCUCUCCCGCCUGUCCUGCUCGUGGAUCAUUUAACAGACACGGGCGAGCGAAGCAUGCCUCUGAUUGCGAUGGAAUUUGCGAUGCGAUACUUCGUCAGAUGCAACGAGUUCUGUCUGCGAUGCCAUUGUCCACUGAAGGAACAAUUCGAGGCCCUCAAGCCAUAUGUCUGCGCAAAUCCUCUCUGUCUAUUUCAAUAUAUGGCAUUGGGUCUUGGUCCUAGCAUCGAACAUGAGAUCCUGACUCAACCCUACGUUGUCGAUCUCUUGGUCAGUUUCUGUUAUGCUGCCGUCAAGAAUCCAGCCCAUAUGAACCGCCCUUGGCAGCCUGGUCAGCCACAGGCGUUGUCACGCUCUAUCCGUGAAUAUCCCGUCGGUCUUCGGUUCAAGGUUCCACACAUGACUUUCGAUGAAGAUGACAGCUCACUCAUCGAAGUCAAGGUUGAGCCCGAUUUCGCAAGAGUCAAGGUCGAAAACUUCAAGGACAUGGACCGUUUAGCCGGAAAGACAUGGGUUGUUUUUCAUGAAAAACUUCCUCACCAACUACACCGGAUCCAUCACGGCUAUAUCACUAAUGUUGAUACACGAUCAAUGACCGUGGAAGUGGAAAAGAUGGGGCUAUCAGUACUUGACCCCCUGACGAUGUCAUCUUCACGAGCUGGCCCAGCCGCCGCCGCCGUUUAUGGCGUAACAGCAGACCAGCAAACACCCCAUGCAAAGGGCCCGCCUGGCCCCAAGAUCAUGCACAUGGCCUUGUACGAGGAUGAUUUCGAUGAUCUAGACGAGGAUAAAAAGUCGCUGGCGAUGUCCCUGGUAUUGGAUACCUUGCCAUCCAUCAUAGAAUCCAGAAGUCAUCUUGCUCGCCACCCGCACAGUCGGUUGAGGUCAUGGGAGAGGAUAUCGCCGGCUGCAGCAGCACUGCUCGAGUGGAUCGUUGCUUCUAACCGCUCUUGCAUUUUCCAAGUCGACUACAUUGCCGAAAACGUAAAUGGCACGGUUCCCGAUGAUACUGGAUCAACGGCCACCACAGAUCUUGCCAAUACACCUCCCAUCAAGUUCCGCGAGAACGAAAAGAUACCAGAGAUGGAUGGCUGGGUGCAAUUUCGCUUUGCGCAGGGCUCGCCGGACAAGGAACUUCGCUUCAGUCAUGCAUUGACCGAGGUAGCAGCCAGGAAGAAUCUCCAAUAUCCUACAUUAUUCGCCUGGCACGGAAGUCGUUUAUCGAAUUGGCAUAGUAUUCUUCGCCAUGGCCUCGACUUCAACGAGGUAAUGAACGGUCGAGCAUUUGGGAACGGUGUCUACUUCAGUCAAGAAUUCCAUACCAGCUCUGGUUAUGCUGGUGCUGGAGGUGCUGCUACUACGUGGCCGAACGCUUCCCUCAAACUGAACUCGGCUUUGAGUUUGAAUGAGAUCAUCAAUGCCCCUGAUGAGUAUGUGUCUUCAACCCCCCACUUAGUUGUCGCCCAAGUCGACUGGAUUCAGUGUCGAUAUCUCUUCGUCCAGCGGUACGUCGAGUACACAGUAGCCGACUACAUGAAACAGGCAAAACAAACGGUUCAUCCACAGUUGACUUCACACUCCGGCGUACCACCAAAGGAAGACAAAAAGCCAGAGCCCCAGAUGUUGAUCCAGGAUCCUCAUCGUACAGUCAGAGGCCCAAAGGCAACGCAACUCAAAAUUCCACUUGCCGCGAUUCCCAGUGCUCGAGUGCCUCAGGGGCAAGCGGUAGAGUCCAAACAAGGGAAGGAGCUCGAUGACCCCGUUUACUACCAGAGCGAUGAUGAGGAACCCGAAGAUAUAAAUUUUCUACUUGAUUGGGAAGGCACAACGGUCCCUCAAAAGAGGACAAUCUCCCGGAUUUCCAGCACUGAGCCUAUCAAACCAUGCGCACGACCGCUAACACCAGCGUAUACUGGCCAACCCCUGACCGAUUUUCGGCCGGGAACACUUGAUCUCAAAUCUCUCCCGAUACUCCAACCGCCGUCUUGGGCCACCGACCUUGCUAGGAAGCAAAUUGGUAAAGAGAUCAAGAAAUUGGCCGAGGUGCAAGCUCGAACACCACUUCACGAGCUUGGCUGGUACAUUGAUGUCGACAAUAUAGAGAAUAUGUUCCAGUGGAUUGUCGAACUACAUAGCUUCGAUUCUCAGUUACCGCUGGCAAAGGACAUGAAGAAGGCAGGAGUCACGUCAAUUGUUCUCGAGAUUCGUUUCGGCCGCGAGUAUCCAAUAAGUCCGCCUUUCGUUCGAGUGAUCCGGCCCCGAUUCCUCCCGUUCAUGCAAAAUGGAGGCGGCCACGUCUUAUCGGGGGGGUCAAUGUGCAUGGAGCUCCUUACAACAAACGGGUGGACGCCUGCGAAUUCCAUGGAAGCCGUGUUACUACAAGUGCGCAUGGCGAUGUGCUCCGUGGACCCUCGGCCGGCACGACUUGAGAGAACAGACGGUCCGGGAGGUAGCUACGGCAUUGGCGAGGCUGCAGAUGCCUUCACUCGUGCAGCUGUAACUCAUGGAUGGACCGUGCCUAACGAUCUGAGAGAAACUGCAGGUCAGGUUGGCUUUCCCGGAGUUUGA